CUCCCACCAACAUAUGUUGGGGUAACAUGAGCCAACCGAAAAAAAUGGAACAACCCCAACCAACAACCUAUAAUCCUUGAUCAGAUCAAGGCCUCUAGCUGUAGGAUUAUUUUCUGGUUAUUGAAGCAAGCGACCAGGUCUAGUGAGUUUGUUUCACAAUCAUAGAAUCCAACCCUAACUAUUGAACAGUCACAAAUGCCCAUCGCAACGCCAUUACCUCCGCUACAGAAGGAUCACCACGGUAGGGAUAGAAGCCAGAAUUGCUGCAUACAGACAAUCACCCAUAUGGUCCCGAAUCACCAACUGCAACUCUCUCUGUCCAUUCCCACCUGUCCAACCAAUCUUCAAUCAGUUGUGCUCAGAGCUUUCCAUUCCCACAUCAAUGGCUUCCUCCACUGUCGCAACCUCCUUCCACUUUCCAUGUCCAUUGCUCUCUCCUUCGUCUUCAUCAUCUUCUUCUUCCAUUUCUCAAUUUCCCCUCACUCCCUUCUCCCGCAGCAAGGGUACCACAACCGCUCCUUCCCGCCAAAAUACCCGCCGCAUGCCCAACACCACCACACUCUCUCUCAAAUCAGAACCCAUGCUUCCCCCUUACAACGUUUUGAUUACUGGCUCUACCAAAGGAAUAGGGUAUGCUUUGGCAAAAGAGUUUCUAAAAGCUGGUGACAAUGUCUUAAUUUGCUCAAGAUCAUAUGAAAGGGUAGAGACUACUGUUCAGAACUUCAGAGCAGAAUUUGGAGAGCAGCAUGUGUGGGUACCUCCUCUUAACUUCUUUGGAACCAAGUGUGAUGUGAGAAGUGGAGAGGAUGUAAAGAAUUUAGUUUCAUUUGCUCAAGAAAAACUGAAAUACAUUGAUCUAUGGAUUAAUAAUGCUGGCUCAAAUGCAUAUAGCUAUAAGCCACUCGCGGAGGCAUCAGAUGAAGAUCUUAUUGAGGUGGUUACAACAAAUACACUUGGCUUGAUGAUAUGUUGUCGAGAGGCAAUUAAGAUGAUGGCCAGCCAGCCUCGCGGAGGUCAUAUUUUCAAUAUUGAUGGAGCUGGUUCAGAUGGAAGACCAACACCGAGGUUUGCUGCUUAUGGAGCAACAAAGAGAAGCGUGGUGCAUUUAACAAAGUCAUUACAGGCAGAGUUGCAGAUGCAAGAUGUCAAAAAUGUCAUGGUGCAUAAUCUUUCGCCAGGAAUGGUCACAACAGAUCUUCUAAUGUCAGGUGCUAAUACAAAGCAGGCAAAGUUUUUCAUUAAUGUCUUGGCUGAACCGGCUGAAGUGGUUGCAGAAUACUUGGUUCCAAACAUUAGAUCUAUCCCCUCCAACGGACCAAUGAGGCCAACAUACAUUCGAUUCCUCACUGGUUUGAAAGCCUAUUCCCAGAUAUUUUCAAGAUUCGCAUUUGGGGCAAGAAGAAACCGCUACAUUCUCGAAGAUUGAACGCCAUUAAAAUUGGUGCCUUGUGCAAUUUUAGGUCCUUUUUUCCUUCAUUUUUCGUCUCCAUCCCUCCUUACCCACCUCCAUUUUGCUUUCUAGCUUUUUGUUCUGCUUUUGGUGAAGCUAAAAUCACUGCAUAUAUAUUAUUGAUUCAGGACAAUAUUUGCUCUUGGUGGUGAGAACUGACAAGACUCCUUAAAUGAACUGACUUGAACUGAA